AUGAUGGCUACAGGGAGUGCAUGUGCAUGUGCAUGUGCAUGGGUGGGUGAGCGUGCAUGGGGGAGUGAACGUGACGAGUGUCGUGUGCCGGCAUCAAGUUCGCAAUGGUGCUGGGACCAAAUGUCGAGCUCGUGCCGUCAACGUCAUGCGGUGGAUAGCGGCGGAGCGGCGGAGCUGGCGUAAUCUAACACCGCGUCGCAGCGGGGCAUCUUUCUUUGUACAAGUCGUCUCUCGACAUGUAGCUUCAAGUCGCUUGUCACUACCCGGCCAAUACAUUCAUAGACAUGGUGAAUCUCGAAAUGGACGGCGGGUGGACCGCGUGCGCGAACCGCUCCGUGACACGUCCACUGAUAUCCCGCGGAUAUCUAGCCUUCCCGACAUCCCACCGAUUAUGCUCCCAUCACUAUGCUUAAUAACAGUCGAAACUACUCCUAAUAUCCCAUGGAUAUCUCACGGAUAUCUGCCCCCAACACUGUGCACGUAUUCUUUUCGCUGUGUUUAUAACAACCACAACUACUCCCAAUAUCCCACAGAUAUCUGCUCCCAACACGUUGCAAGUAUCCCCCUCGCCGUGCUCAAUGCCAACCACCAGGAUAUUGUAUUUCAGAUUCUAUUUGGAAAAAAUAGAAAUGGGAAUUCUCAUCAAGUUACAACGUCUUCCACAGCGAAUUAGUUUAGGUAGCUCUCAAGGCUAGCUUCACUUAAGCUAGCGCCACCCUGGUCGCGUGAACGAUGCAUGACCGCAUCGAACUGACGUGC